CCAGCACAACCCGCAGGCCGGCGUUCCCGGGGGCGGGUAGUCAAAAAUCAGCCGUAGCCUAACAGGGGCCUCACAGCCACCAGUAUCCGCCGCCAUCUUGCAAAUAGAGCAACCGCUACGGCGCGCCACGCGGGACAAAAAUGUGAAAGAGCGAGAGAUGGAAUCCAGGACUGCGAUUUUACCCCGCCCCUCGGGAACCGGGCCGAAUUACUCCGAUUGGGAAGAGAGAAAUCGUGCGAGGGAAACGACCGAAUAAACUUCAGCAUUCAUACAACCGAUACAGUACUAGUACUUGUGGGUUUGCACGAUAUACUUGUCUUUAAUUGGACAUUUGUUUUUGCCCUUACCUAGGGAACGAAACAUAUAUUUAGAUUUUUUUAAAAACUACCUUUUUUUGGUUGCCACUAUGGAGUCAUUUUCACAACCGUUUCCACGAAUUGCGUGAUUAUAGGCAAAGCUUUCAGGGCCUGGCUGGGAAAAUAUUGACUGCACUUCCUAGGCUAAGGCAGGAAGAGGGAGCCCCUGGGCAGGCCGACGGUUGCCGGUUCCCUUGAAAAAGGCAGCACUUCCUUCUCUCAGAAGCAGCUGACGAGGAGAAGGAGUCAUAUGAUUUCAGCCCAGGAAAUUGCUGGGUUGUUGCAGAGAUGCUGCUGAAACGACACCAUCCGAUUGUGCUGUUCUCGCUGGUGACUUUGAGUUUUGGUUGGUAUAUAAAAGAACCAAAGGAACCAAAACAGGCAUGGGGGUACGUCCCUGUCAGAAGCAACGCAAGCAUGUUCUGGUGGCUGUACUAUGCAGACAACCCUACACAGAAUUUCACACAACUCCCUCUUAUCAUGUGGCUUCAAGGCGGCCCAGGGGCUUCAGGCUGUGGAUAUGGAAACUUUGAAGAGAUUGGCCCUUUAGAUAGCGAUCUAAAACCAAGAAGGACAACUUGGCUGCAGGCAGCGAGUGUGCUGUUUGUCGAUAACCCUGUCGGCACUGGAUACAGUUACGUAAAUGACACCCUUGCAUAUGCCACAGAUCUCUGCACAGUCACUUCGGACAUGAUGGUACUUCUCAGAGAAUUCUUCAACUCAAGGACAGAAUUCCAGACAAUCCCUUUCUACAUCUUUUCAGAAUCUUAUGGAGGCAAAAUGGCUGCUGCCAUUGCCUUGGAGCUUCAUAAGGCUAUUGAAGCUAGGACCAUAAAGUGCAAUUUUCUUGGCGUAGCCCUUGGUGAUUCAUGGAUUUCUCCGCUAGAUUCUGUGAUUUCCUGGGGACCUUAUCUUUAUAGUACUUCUUACCUUGAUGAUAAAGGGUUAAAAGAAGUGACUACAGCUGCCAAAAAGAUCCUGGAUGCUAUGCACAAAAGGGAAUUCAAACUGGCCACGUUGCUUUGGAGUAAGGCAGAAGACAUCAUAGAAGAGAACACGAAUGGUGUGAAUUUCUAUAACAUUCUGACUCGGCAUACUUCUUCAGUGACGGCUCUUGCAUCCGUUGCAAGCGAAACAGUCCCUUUCUUAAAACUCUUCCAGCGUCAUGUAAAACAUCAAAGUAAAGACAAACUGAGUGACUUGAUGAAUGGGUCCAUCAGAAAGAAGCUGAAGAUAAUUCCAGACCAUGUCAAAUGGGGAGGCCAGUCCCAAGAUGUGUUCAUGAAUAUGGCUGAAGACUUCAUGAAGCAUGCAAUAGAUAUUGUCGAUGACUUGCUGGAAGCCAACAUCAGUGUUACUGUCUACAAUGGGCAGUUGGAUCUCAUAGUUUGUACCAUAGGCCAAGAAGCGUGGCUCCGGAAAUUGAAAUGGCCCAAGAUGAAACAGUUCAGUGCACAAAAAUGGAAGCCUUUAUAUGUAGGCUCAGCAUCCACAGAGACGGCAGCUUUCCAUAAGUCCUACGAUAACUUAGACUUUUUCUGGAUUCUAAAGGCUGGGCACAUGGUACCAGCUGACCAAGGUGAUAUGGCGCUGAAAAUGGUGAGGAUGGUGACACACCAAAGCCACUAAGAGGGUUGGGGCCAGCUGGCUUGGCUUCCCUAUACAAGCACAUCACACUGUUGGAAUUUUCUCAUUGCACACUGAACUUGCUGGAGGAACGGUUGCUCUUCUUCAGAGCCCUUGCGUCUGUCUGCUGUGUGAUUCACUAUGCAAGGCAUUUUUAAGGAGAUCCUUUUUACCCUUACAUAAAGCUAUGGCUGUCUGCCCCUGCACUGACCAAUAAUUUGCUGAAGACCUGCUCUCUGCAGUUGCACCCCUUAAAUGGAAAGAGCUUUUGAUCAAAUUAUAUUUAGGCAUAAUUCUUGAGCCCUGGGCCUUGAGGCAGAAACAGUGGCUAUAUUAGACAACUCUCUGAAACACCACUGUUUGCUCUAAAUUAUUAAGAGCAAUCCUGGAUGUAGAAAAUACAAGUCAAGGCUACCAAAUGUACUACUCAGAGCAGCAUUGUUCCCAGCCUUGUGUGGGCUGAGCAGUUGGUAGAGCCCUUAGACAAAUGGCCCUGUAUUGCAGGAGUACAUUGAAGUGAACCGGCUGGUAAAAUGUAUGGGAUAGACAGGAACAGUUUAUUAGAUGUAAUUUUAAGAUUAUUUUAUAUACACUCUCAGAAAGGCAUUGUUAAUGCAUGCUCAGACAACAGACUGUCUUGGGCUUCUCGAGAGCACACUCCCAAAGAGACCAUGCUUCCUUUUACAACCUCUGGUAGCUUGAUGUAAAGCAAGGGUGGGCAACCUCAGGUCUGGGGGCUGUAUCCGGUCCCCAAAACCCUUCCCUAGGCCACACCCCUCACUGCCCUCACUUCACGCUCUCCACAAGUGUUUUUGCUUGGCUAGAAUGUGUCCUGGAACUCUGGUAAUGCCUCUGGCUUGCUUGCAUGGGGAAUAGUGGGGUGGUGAAAGUAGCUUACUGUACAAAGGUAAAAUUUAUAUUAGCUGCUGCACCCACUUUUGCCUCGGGCUCCACCGCUGGCUCAUAGCCCUUAGCCUGAAAAGGGUUCCCCACCCUGUUCUAAAAACAUGUGCUUGAACCUACCACCACGGCCUCACUGUAUUUAGUGGGAUUUCCUUCCUGAAAAGUAUAUUUAGAACUGUGAGCUUAGGUCAGAACUGUCUGUGCAGUGUAGGGGAGACACAGUUUAAUGCGCAAAUGGUGCUUUCCCCCUGGCUUCAGAUAAGAGCCCAGCUAGAGAGACAUUGACAUGCCAGUGGGGGGGACGGGGACCACAGUGAUAGAAGCAGCGCACAGAAGGCUCAGCAUCCCAGUCUCUUACUUUUGAUGGGAUUGAGGCUAUAAUCUUGAUCAGAAGACCCGCAGGGAUUGAGGAUGAGGGGGAGAAAAACUUUGCUUAACCUUUUCACUGCCACCCAGUUUUUCCCCUUGGAUUUACCCAGCGGAGGCAACCUGGGUGGAAAUGUGCUGGGUUUUUGAACACAUUACAAUGCUGUUAAUGCUUUUCUUUUCAUAUGUAUUCAUUCCUGUGCUUCCAAGUUCUGUAUUAAAAUUGGGCAGCCAGCAGUUAGGGCAGCUGCUACCUUAAUGAGUACUGCCAGACUUGUUUCAUUUUCGCUGUUUACAAUCCCAUUGUGAAUGAAUCGAGGCCCUCAGCUGGGAGCUCCGAGACGUGUAUGUGGAUCUCUUUAAAAGGAGCAGGCACACCCCCCCCCCAGGAGCUCCACAAAAUGAGACGGAAAGAUGAAGGAAACUGUCUUGCUGGGUGAUGCUAAGAGAGGACAAGUCUAGAACUCUUGCUCAGUGUUAUCCUCUCUUGGCUCUACCAUCCCACCCCCCUUCUGCUCUAGUUCAGAACUUGAUGCAGCAAAGUUCAAACUGCAAUACAUCUCUUGAACAACUGCACUUUUCAGGUAGAGCACUGUGUUCUAUUUAAAUCUGCUAGAUGUUGGAAAUGAAAACUGGGUUGCUUCCUGAUUUAAUGCAUGUCUUUCUAAUGACUGAAUAAUAAUAAAACCCUGGGAAUCCAA